AUUUUCUAUCGGUAUUUCUACCCGCGUAGACGCGUAUUUGCUUUGAAACAGUUGUAAAUAACUAUAGAACUACGUUGUUGUGAAUAAAACUGUCCACCAACACGUGUUCAGUGAACUUUUCAGUGAUAAUUAAGUGAAUAAAGUAUAGUUGUACUGCAGUGUUUCUUUUCAUUUUUAAACAGGCACGAUGUCGCGUGACAGAUCCUCGCGGCGGUUCUACCGCGCGGAGUCUACUCAUGACCUCCUCUCGUACAUGGACAGAGGACAAGCGGCGAGCGAUGAGAACCGGUGGACAUUCGAGACGGCUUGGGAAGUCGCCAACAAAGUUGGAGGCAUUUAUACAGUGAUACGGUCGAAAGCUUACGUGUCUACAGAAGAAAUGGGUGACAACUAUUGUUUGCUGGGUCCUUACAAGGAACACUGUGCAAGAACUGAAGUGGAAGAGGCCGAGUUUCCUCAGAAUUCGCCCUUAGCUAUUGCGGUUAACGCGAUGAGGAGCCAAGGCUACAAGCUCCACACGGGCACGUGGUUGGUCGACGGUAAUCCUCAAGUGAUCCUAUUCGAUAUAGGCUCAGGCGCUUGGCAACUGGACGGAUACAAGCAGGAGUUAUGGGACACCACCUCCGUUGGUAUCCCACACCUGGACGUAGAAGCCAACGAUGCCGUCAUACUGGGCUUCAUGGUGGCGCAGUUUAUUACCGAGUUCCGUAAAGCGGCGGAAGAUUUCAGUGACACUCCGCCGCGAGUGGUUGCACAUUUCCACGAGUGGCAAGCCGGUAUCGGUCUUAUUAUGUUAAGAGUGCGCCAUGUUGAUGUUGCCACCGUAUUCACGACUCACGCAACGUUAUUGGGAAGAUAUUUGUGCGCUGGCAACACUGAUUUCUAUAACAAUUUAGAUAAGUUCUCAGUAGACGAGGAGGCGGGAAAGAGACAGAUAUAUCACCGCUAUUGCAUGGAGCGUGCGGCCGCGCAUAUGACUCAUAUAUUUACAACAGUGUCUGAUAUUACUGGAUAUGAAGCAGAACAUCUUCUGAAGCGUAAACCAGACAUAAUAACACCCAAUGGGCUCAAUGUGAAGAAAUUUUCUGCCCUCCACGAAUUCCAGAACUUGCACGCUCUAGCCAAGGAGAAGAUUAAUGAAUUCACCAGGGGACAUUUCUAUGGACAUUUCAACUUCGAUUUGGAUAAGACUUUGUACUUCUUCAUUGCCGGCCGUUACGAAUACGGGAACAAAGGGGCGGAUAUAUUCAUUGAAGCGUUGGCCAGGCUUAAUCAUUAUUUGAAGGCCGCAGGUUCGGAAAUGACAGUGGUCGCUUUCCUGAUAUUCCCGGCGAAAACCAACAAUUUUAACGUAGAGAGUCUUAGAGGUCACGCCGUAACUAAAGCCUUGAGGGAUACGAUACAAGAUAUACAACAGAAAAUUGGGAGACGCAUGUAUGACAUAUGCCUUAGAGGUCAUUUGCCUGAAGCAUCAGAUCUGUUGCACAAAGACGACACAGUGCGACUGAAGCGUUGUAUAUACGCCCUACAGAGGGACGGACUGCCCCCAGUCACUACACACAAUGUCGUUGACGAUUGGAGUGACCCAGUGCUGAAUGGAGUGAGGAGAUGUCAAAUGUUCAACACGGUACACGAUAAAGUCAAAGUGAUAUUCCACCCCGAGUUCCUCACCUCCACUAAUCCACUGUUCGGUUUGGACUACGAGGAGUUCGUCCGUGGUUGCCAUUUAGGCGUUUUCCCCUCGUACUAUGAACCGUGGGGCUACACGCCCGCCGAGUGUACAGUCAUGGGGAUACCGAGUAUCACCACCAAUUUAUCCGGUUUCGGAUGCUUCAUGCAGGAGCAUAUAGCGGAUCCGAUGUCGUAUGGCAUAUAUGUUGUGGAUCGCAGAUAUAUAUCACUCGAGGGAUCCGUCCAACAACUCGCUCAGUACAUGUUCGAUUUCACCAAAAUGACACGACGACAGCGCAUCAUUCAGAGAAACAGAACAGAGCGACUCUCUGAUCUUAUGGACUGGAGGAAUCUAGGCAUUUAUUACCGCCAGGCGCGCGCGCAGGCUUUGAAGAUAGUAUAUCCUGAUUACGUGGACCACAUGCAUAUAGAGCUCGGCAAGAGAUUUAACUACCCAAGACCGAUAUCAGAACCACCGAGCCCUACGCAUUCGAGGACCAUAACACCAGCGGCUUCCGUCCACGGCUCUGAUGAUGAAGACGAAGUUGAUGAGGAGAAGGAACUGGCUGAGUUGAGGAUCACAGACAAAUAAACGUAUAAAUGAGUAGGUAAAUAGAAUAGACCUUAUAAAUAAAGUGAGGUACAUUUCAAAACUAUUUUGUAGUCUGUGAAUUAGACGCAAACCUUCUUUUUUCUUAAAAAGUUUGACUUAAGUAU